GGACACGCAGGAGGCGGUCCGGCACACCGCGCGGACGUGCGUGGCGUCGCUGGCGCGGUCGCGCGCGGUGCAGGCGCGGGCGCUGCUGGCGCGGCUGGCGCCCGCGCUGCAGCACAAGGCGCCCCACGCCCGGGAGGAGGCGCUGCGCUGCGUGCAGGCGCUGCUCGACCAUCACGGCGCCACAGAACUACAGCUGAGGGCAGCGGUCCCAAACCUUGCGGCGCUGGUGGGUGACCCCAGCAGCGGAGUGCGGGAUGCCGCCAUGCAACUCCUCGUCGACGUGUACAGGCAUGUUGGUGAGAGAUUAAGACAAGACUUGAAGAAGAAAGAGUUACUGCCAGCACAGAAGUUUGCCUUGCUCGAACAGAAGUUCGACGAGGCGAGGGAAGCCGGACUCAUGUUGCCCACUGCGACAGGAGCAGACGAACCAGACUUUGUAUCCCGAACAGUCAAGCGAACUAUGACGAUACCCACGUCGGCUCGCUCCCGAGACGGAGACAGCUCCGGUGCUUCUACACCAGCCUGUGACGCGCCGAAACGAACCGUCGCCGGUUUGUAUAGCAUGCCGUCGGCGAACCGCAAGCCGCCGCCGCCGGCGAAAUUAACUAGUACCGGUAGUGUAUCAUCAGGCAUGAGCACACUAGCAGGCGGCGAGGCGGGCGCGGUCUCCAGCGAGGCGUUCGAGGCAGCCUUCCUGUCCGCAGCGCCGGCCGCGGUGUACGGGCCGCGGGGCCUCGACGACCUGUGCCGCCACGCCGCCGCCCUGCUCGGGGAUAGGGCUGCCGACUGGGAGAAAAGGGUCGAUGCUCUAAAGAAGAUACGUUCCCUAUUAACGGCGAACGCUCACCAGCAGUAUCCGACGGAGUUCGCUGCUCAUCUGAAGGACCUGUCCGUGCCUUUCCUAGUCGUCAUCAAGGAUCUGAGGAGUCAGGUGGUACGAGAAGCGUGCAUAACGAUAGCUCACAUGGCUAAAGUUCUGCGCAACAAGAUAGACCAGUUCAGCUUAUACAUACUACAGGAGUUGAUCAACCUUAUACAGAAUGCUGCUAAGGUGGUGUCAUCAGCAGGCACCAUAUGUGUUCGCUACAUAGUGUCAUACGUACACUCACCGCGACUACUGCCCGUUAUAGUCACCAAUCUUACAACAAACAAGUCUAAGGAAAUUAGAUCUACACUCAGCGAGGUGCUAGUACUAAUGCUAGAGAAAUGGCCGGCGACGACCAUAGAGAAACAACAGGCGGCGGUGCGCGACGCCAUCCGCCGCGCAUGCGUCGACGCCGACAGCACAUGCCGGACAUACGGCAGGAGAGCAUACGCAGCGUACAAACGCCACUUCCCGGAUGACGCAGAGCAGCUGUUCGCCCGGCUCGACUCCGCAGCGCAGAAGCAGAUCGAGAGAGAACGCAAUAUCGGCAGCGUCGACAGCCUGCACCAUGUUGGCACAGAGAGGAGAGUUAUUACAAGUCCUAGAAGUCCGUCAGCCAGUGUUUCAGACCGUUCCCCAGCCGGCGGUACAGCGCGAUCAGUGUCAGCUCUAGACGCGGCGGCGGCCCAGCGCGCUCGUGCCCGAGCCCUCUACUCGCACAUGAGUCGCAACAAGAUACCGCCCACCGCUAGUUUACAAGGAGAUGUGUCGCAAUCAGCGAGAGCGAAGAGAUCCCCAGUGGCUUCUAGCGGCGUGCCUCCCAGUCCUGAACGCAGUGUUGGACGGUCUAGAUCUAGGCCUGGUGUUUCGCAGUCGCAACCUACAUCCAGAUCCUCGUCGCCGUCUUCUCGCAGUAGUGGUCCGAUGUCGUUAGCCAGCGCCAGGAGAAGACCAUCGGGUAUACCGCGCUCGUUAGCUGGAUCCCGGGAGACCAGCCCUACCAGAAGCGGUCGUUCAAGCAGUGUUGUCAGCUCUGGUGUUCGCAGACGAGAGUCCAUAGAGAGGACUGCACCUUCCCGCGCCCCAGCCGCCACCCUCAGGCUGCUGCAGCAAAGCAGAGACGCUGAAGCCAUGUUGAGGAGUCCUGAAGACAGUUCGGCUUGUGAAGGUGGUCGUGGCCGUGAUGACGACUCUGAGGCUUCCAGCGUCUGCUCAGAAAGAAGUCUGGACUCUUAUAGAAGACAUGAUAGUGUAUCGUGGUCAGGCUCCGGGUCGCGGCUGGGCUGGGAGUGCGGCUCGCCGCCGCCGCCGCCGCCCCCGGACGAUAUCAUCGCGCUGUGUGCCUGCACGCACUGGACCGAGAGGAAAGAUGGACUUACACAUUUGGCAAACUACCUAAACAGCGGCCGUCUCCUAACCGACGAACAACUCCGGCGUCUAACCGAACUCCUGAACAAGAUGUUCGUGGAUGCCCACACCAAGGUGUUCUCCCUGCUGCUGGACGCCGUCUGCGAGCUGCUGCUGGUGCACUGGCAGCAGCUGAAGGACUGGCUCUACCAGCUCAUGUUCCGGUUACUAAUGAAGCUAGGCACAGAUAUUCUCGGCUCUGUGCAGAGUAAGAUCAUGAAGACGCUCGACGUUAUACACGAGUGUUUCCCCGCUGAGUUGCAGCUGCAUAAUAUAUUCAGGUUCCUAGCAGAUGGAGCGACAGCGCCGACGCCUAAGACGAAAGUAGCGGCGUUGCGGUUCCUGGCGGAUUUAGCGCACGACUACUGCACGCCUAAUAGUUUGGCGUUAGCUUUACAUGGCGGCGCCACAGGCGUGGCAGGUCGAGCCCUCGUCAAAGUAUCGUCGCUGGCGAGUGACCCGCGCGCGGCCGACGUGCGCGUCACGGCGAGACGAGCGCUCGCCUCGCUGUAUGACUGUAAUCCUGUGCCCUUCACGGCACUAAUGAGCGAGUUACCAGCGGAGACGCAGGCACUCGUCAACGGCGUGGUACAACAACAUGUCCGGAGGACCUCCAGCACAGGCUCGGACAGUCCUCUCCGCACGGUGAGCGGCGCCAGCAACGCGGCGGCGGACGACGUGUACUCGCGCAUACGACGGACCACCACCGAGAUACAUACCUACACGGCGCAGCAUAGCAAUGCGGACUGCGGUAAUCACAUGUCGAGCAAGGACUCUGGUAUCAGUCAGAUGUCGGACGUCACGCUCUCCAACAAGGGACACAACGGAGUGCCUAAUGGACAUUAUAAUGCUGAGGUGCUGAACCGCGCGGCGUCAGCCGACAGCUCGGAGGAGGCGAACAGUACGAAAGAGUCGUCGCCCGUGCCCGCUAACCAUCGGAUGGACUUCCAGCAACAUGGGGAGUUUAACUCGAGUCAGCUGGGACGCGACAAGAUCAGGCCGUACGAGACAGAUGAAAACGGAUAUAUUAUUACUAAAUCGGGUCUUCGAGAACCGGAAGUGUUAGAAGCACUAUGCAAACUGGACGUAUCAGCCGCCCCGCCCGAGCAGUGGGAGCGACUACUGCUCGCCACACACGAGAUCCUCAAGUAUGGAGACUGCAGGAAACCGCUCGAGUACUUCAAGAACAUAGUUCGCGUGGCGCUGGCGGCGUUAUCAAUAGAAGAGACUGCUGGUGAUAAGGAGAAUACUGAAAAUGCCGGCAAUGCACAACAAACCUCAGGUUGGGGCACAGCAAACGAACGAGCAGCAGCCGAAGCAGUAAAAGUUCUCAUCUGGCUCUGCCGCCGCCCCGAGACCCGGUCCCAGUGGCAGGACUACUUCGACCUGAUCCUGCUGAAGCUCAUCCACGCGUACGAGAGCCUCAACAAGGAGCUCAUGCGGGCCGUCGAGGCCGGCAUGCCGCAUAUAGCCAACGCUCUGCCCGCUGUACAGGUGCUAGCUCUCCUGAAGCCAGUGAUCCGCACCCGCGGCUACCCCACGUCGCUGUGUGCACUGAAGCUGGCGGCCGAAGUGGCCAAGGCCAGACCGCAUGAGCUCACUGAUGAUCUCGUGCAAAACCUCAUGGAGGGGAUUGGACAGUUAGCAGACCACCAGAACAGCGCGGUCCGCAAGGCGGCCGUGUUCUGCAUGGUCGCCUUCACGUUCGCGCUGGGGGAAGAACGCAUGCAGCCGCAUCUCAAGCAUCUGUCCGUCAGCAAGUACCGCCUGUUGCAGGUAUACAUAAGCAAGCAGCGCGAGGAGGGCGGUCGCUCGGGCGGCGGCGCGGCGCCCACGUAGCGCCGGCGACCUCGCGCCCGCACGCGCACGCGCAGCACGCAGACACAACACGAGUAACCACUAGCCAUUAGCCAUCAGUGUGUCACCACGGUCGUAUGUAAGUACGGGGAAGCGUAGCUGUGAUUGCGUAGCUACGAGGUUACGUAGAUGUGUAGAUGUGUGUCUACGAAAUUGCGUAGCUACGUAGUUAUGAAGACUUGUGACUAAGCGGUUGCGUAGCUGUGUAGAUAUUGAACUACGUUGCUACGCAGUUACGUAGGUAUGUAACUACGUAGCUACGUGGCUACGCAAGAGAUGUGACUACGUAGUUACGCGGAUACAUGACUAUCAGCCAGUUCCUUCAUCAAAAGUAAAAGCUAAAGAAUUUCAUGACGCAAAAGUAGCGGUCAAAUUCGUGUUUUCUAUUAGUUUUGCUGUUACUUUAGCCUUGAAAAAACGAAUUUGGCCGUUUUACUUUUAGUUUAUGACAUUACUUUGGCUUUUACUUUUGAUGAAGAAACUGACUGUAAGUAGCUACAUGGGUACGUAGAUAUGUGACUACGCCGCUACGUAGCUGUGUAAAUAUAUGACUACGAAACUGCGUAGUAACGUGGUUAUGCAGAAUUCUGACUUCGUUGCUACGUAGCCACGCGGUUAUUCAGAAAUGUGACUACAUAUAGCUCCGUAGUCAUUGUAGCAACAUAAUGAAAUAGCUACACUCUUACACGUGGCUACUAAUCACCGUGGUGAUAUAGAACUACUCCUUAAUUGUGUGUAAUAGUUAGUAUUUGUAGUUAUGUUAUGUCUUUCUAUCAAGCCAGAAGCUAAGUUCUGAUAACAAAAUUUUUGUAAUAUUUCCCCUUUUUUAUUGUUUUGAAAAUACUUUACUGAAUAUCUAGACAUACCUAACUUAAUGACUUCUCGAUCACUAUCUGUUACACACAGUUAAGGCUAGUCCGAGGCGAAAAACGGCUAAAACAAUGCAGUUAUUAAAAGAAAUCUUCCAAAUACAAACCCAUAGGUUUUCCACAGUGUUACAGUUUAUAUUCCCAGUAUGUAUGAAAAUAGAGUUUUUUGAAAAUUCCCUACAAUUUUGUAUUUAUUUUUUCAAAAUGAGCAAUGGGUCGGUCGGUACAGUAAAUUGUAUGUAUGGUUUAUAUAGUACUUGUAUUAAACUAUAAUUUCUUUUGCACAUAAAUUAAUUUUAUUGGUCGCUUUGGACCUUUUCAAAAUUGUUACGACAAAACUGAUAAACGCAUUUAUAAACAAACAAGAAAUAUACUAGUUAAUACAAGUAUUAAAAUCAAAAAACCUCAAAAUUCCGUGUAAAUUUUAACCGACUUCCCAAAAAAAGGUUCUCAAUUCGGAUGUUUUUUUUUUUUCUCUACAUCAAAAUAUUAUAAAAGUGUACGCGUGAUAAAUCAAAGACUGGACUAAAGAGCGCGAAAGUGAUUUUGAACUGUAUAUUGAUAGUAAUAGGGGCGAGAUUUCUAUGUUUUUUGUAUCAUAUACUUAUUGUAUGUAAAACUUUGGUAUAAGUAUGUGUAGGACUGCCUAUGUAUGUAUUUCGGCUUGGCGAGAGCAAAAAAGUAGUAAAAAUCUAUUAGGAAAACCUUAUUUUUUGUGAAGUAAAAAUCUUCAGAAAAAUACUGGAUAUAAUAUCAUUGUUUUUUAGGAAUCUACUUUGUAAAAUAUGGGGUUUUUAAUAUGUAAUUUUCAAGUUAAUUGGGUAGGAUGGGAAUUCCCAUUGCACCCAGUUUUCCUUUAAUGGCACGAUAAGAUGCAGGUUAGUCAAAUUGUGAAAAAUAGAUCAUGUUAUUAAACCGAGCUUUCGCUUAACGCUUUUGGAAAGCUUGUAUAUGAGUAUGUGUCAAAUCGACGAAUAAAAUGAUUGUAAUAUCAUGUGUAAGAAUGUUCCAAAACUACUAUUGUUUUUGGUAGAAAAAUGUAUUAUUUAUCUUCAAUUGAUUAAUGGGUUUACCUUAUAAAUUGAUAAUUCAAUAGUCUUAAAAUACGUUUCCAAAGUAUAUUUUUUUGUUCUUACUAUUGACAUUUAUUUUCUUCUUGAAUUUUUCUAGAUUUUGUAAAAUCUAAAAUUAAAUUAAAAAGCACAUUUUCAGAUAUAUUUGUCACCAAAUAACAUGCUUAACCAAAGUGAGUGUGAAUCUCGCCCCUCUAGUAAGGUAGUCAGCGGUGUUGUAUAAAAAACAAACUUUAUCGUCGUUUGUACAGGCGUUUUGUAUAUGUGUGAAAGCAUUUCGAUGUUGUGAAAUGUGGUAAAAUGACCACAAUUUAGAAAAAAAAAUUGGGGCUUUUUUUUGUUAAUUCCCAUUUCAUCCAGUUAAUGGGAAUGGGAAAAUUUUACAGUGAAGAAAGUGUUUAGUGGUCUUGCUGGGAUAAUAAUGUGUGUUCUGUGGUCAUUUUACUACAUUAAAAGUGCUGUCAAUAUUGGUAAUAAGCUCUGCAAAAUGAUGUAAAGAUUUUCGGCUUGAAAUGUGUAAGAAUUAAGGUAUAGAGAAGGGUAUUAAUUUACAAGAUAGAAAUCAUUCCUAGGUACCAUUCCCCGUUCGGAAUAUAUUUUCCCAUAACAUGGAAUGGGAAUAAAAUUUAUUCCCAUUGUUCGAUCUACCCAUACUGAAAGUAUAAUCAUGUAUUUAUUACAGUAAGGCCCAGGUUCACCGACAAGAUAAACAGCUGUUUUAAGGAAACUGAAGUUUUCGCUGUCAGUGAAUUUGGACCUAAAUUGUUUUCCUGUCUGUUAUGAUGUGUGUGUGCCUUUUCGCUAAUUGUUGAAUUAUUUCAUGUGAAAAAAACAUAAUAAUCAUGAAUCAAAAUGUUUUGAUUUAAAAUCGUGAGUUUUACACUCCUGUUGAAAACUGUAUUAAGUUUUUGAUAUUCCUAUCGCCUGUUAUUCCUUACAAUGACAGUAGUCAUUGUGUACGUCACAUGGAGUGUCAUUAAUACACUUCGCGUUACACCGUCUGAUAUUAACUUAGAGAUAUGCUUACUAAUAUCUCUUCAUUACAUUAUUAAUGACUUUUCCUGUGUGGAACUUUACAGAAAUAAGCAGUUCCCAAUUUAGCUAGACCCCGUUGCGCCUACCAGUUCAAUAUUUAUCUCAAUCUGGAAGAACUCAAUAGUAAAAAAACUAGAUUCCCAUUUCAUUGGAAUAUUUCCCAGUUCAACCAGGUAUUUCCAAAGUGAUAUUUUUAGUAUCUGUAGGCCCAACAAUGAAUAAGUCUUCGAAAAAAUAAGACAGAAAAAUAUUUUUUCCCGAUCAAGUGACAAAAUAGUAUAACAGUCUGCCUUAAGUAGGAAUAAUGUUAAAAAGAAAUGUUAAAAACUAACUUAUCUUAAAACCCGACAAAUAGGAAAGAGUUAACAUUUGUUGGUAAUGAUAUUUUUUAUGAUAUAAUUAAAAAUAAAACGUGGAUUUUAAUCACUGUUCGAUUCACAUUUAAGUUUUUGGUGUUCAUCGCCAAUUUUGGAUAUAAAAAUUAGACCUUUAUUUCCAAUUAUUAUCGCCAUUUUUUGAGAUUAAAAAGUGCUUGUGGACGACCCAAUUAGAAUUCCCAGUUAACCCAAUUCCCAUUGGUUGGGUGAUUGUAACCCAAUUCCCAGUAAUUGGGCCAUUGUAACCCAAUUUCCCAUUGGUUGGGUCCUUCAGAAACACGACGAACGACUAACGACAUUUUAACGACUAAACGCAGCGAUUUUUUUUGUUGUUAAUAACUGAUUUAAAAACGCAUAUAUCUGUGUACAUAAGAACUUGAUAAGAUGGCAUUUGUAAUGAGAAAUUACAGUUUUUUAGUGUGAAAAAGAUAUUUAGGGUGACUGGUAACAUUAGUGGCCGAUACUCAUGAUUACAAACCACUUUCCCAGAGAACUGUUACAGCCUUUUUAUCGUCCCACUGCUGGGCUGCGGCCUCCUCUCACACGGAGAAGGAUUGAGCAUUGAUCACCACGCUUGCUCAAUGCGGAUUGCUGAUUCCCAGAGAAGUUAUUUUUUAUUCUCAUUAGUUUUAUCACAAUAAACAUAAAAGCUGCUUUAAAUUUUGAACUUUGUGUGAUGGGAAUAAAAAUAAAGUUCCUUUGGGAAAGUUAUUUGUAAUAAUGAGUAAAAUCACGUUUUAAAGUAUCGGUAACUAAUUACCAGUCAUUCUAUAUAGUAGGUUAAUAAUAUCAAGAAGUUAUAUAAAUACAUUUUGGUAAUCACAGCUGUCUUUUUCACACUAAAAUAACUGUGUUUAUAUGUAGUUUGGCUGCGAAAAAGACAUGUUAUUUUGAGACUGGGAGGUUGUAUAAAAUGCUUUGAAUUUCUGGUAUGUUACGAUCCGUUAUGUGGCGGUUUUUACCGCAAUUUUGUUAACUGUCUUAUUUCCAAAGUUAGUAAUUGUCUUAACUCUUUAUUUUGUAUCGAAAUGUGGGCUUUUUGGUGAGGAAUUUUGGCAGUAACUUACAUAUUUAACAAUAUCAUGACUCUGUUAAAUAUUGUCGUCAGUAAUUUCAAAAAUUAUUGCACAUUUUUUUUCUACCAAAAUUUUGCCAAUAACCUGGCAAUACUAACUCGGUGUUGCCAACACACCUCGCCAAAAUUACCCCGCGAGAUUAACACGACAUAACUCACAAACUAUUUUAUAUUUAAAAAUUAAAAAAGCAUUUCAUCACUUUUGUUUACAUAACGCUUGCAUAAUUUUAAGCGGUUAAUUUUUGAGUUUAAAAUUGCAAAAAUGGCUUGUAUGUUACAAUUUGAUAUGUAAAAAUAUGUGGUCGAUUGUACGAAUGUUUUAAGGGUAAAUUUUGAAUGCUAACUGCCUACUGUAACUGCCGUCGUCUGAAUGAAAACAAUUGCUAUUUGAGAGUGACUGCACUUACUGCCGCUUCGAUCCAAAACGGUUUCAUGUAAAUACAUACAAACCAGUAGUUGCAGCAGUUGAUAUUUAAAACGUUCCUUAAACAUUGUUGUCUUGUAAAAAUACUGGAUAUGUAAACUAAAUUGUGUCAGCCAUUUUUGGUAUAAUAAACUCGAGUUUUGUUUUGUAACGUAUAUUUAUCAUUUUGUAUACUUUUUCAUUGUAAUAUAUAUAUGUAUGUUAUGUACUUGUAGCGUUUGCUGGCGGUGUGAAGGUUAGGCCGUUUCGCCAAAUUCAGUGUUUUAAAAUAAUGUAUUGAAUCUCAGUUUAUUUCGACGCUUUAAAUGUUGUGUGUUUUUGAUAAUGGCUUUUUUUACUUUUAAGAUUUUUCUGUCACUCUUGAAUUGUUUUAAAGUUAGGUUAAAGCCAAGAAGUUGAAAACUUGACUUUAACCAACUUUCACAAAAAGGUUGUCACAGAUUUAACCACCAUAUCAUAAAAAAGUUUGAAUACUUGAUGUCCUUUUUAACCGACUUCCCAAAAAGGAGGAGGUUCUCAAUUCGGCCGGUAUAUUUUUUUUGACACAUACAGUAAUAGUUUAAUAAUUUGGUACAUUUGGGAGUUCGUUUUUCUAUAUUCUAAAAGUAGAAAAGAUAUUAUGAAAAAACACAGAAUCCUGCACAUCGCUUCACCACUAUAUGUUUUAAAACACUGAUGUCUGUUUGUUGCUGAAUGCGUACUAACAUGAACCGUGGUGCGUUUAACGUUGUCAUAUUUAUAGUAAAAAUGUAUUUUUGCCAUUUUUUUAGCAUUUACUCGGAAAUUCUAAGUAGGUGGUGUUAGUCAUUUUUGAUGUAUUUUCUUUGACUUUUUUUUUUCUUCAGAAAAUCUGUAACAUAACAUGGUAUUUUUUGUAUUUUCCGUCGUGAACAUAGUCUUGAAAAUAGAUAAUUUAAUAGUACAGGGGUACCGAAAGUUUUGCGCAGUUGAUAGCUGUCAGUUUUCAAAGAAAUUGGUGGGCUAGGCAGAUGAUGAAAUCUAACAAAGUAUGGAAUUUGUGAAUGGUAAAUAGAAAUUAAAUACAUGUGUUUUUUCUUGAAUAAUGUUAAUACCUACAGUUUUGUGACUAAUUUAUUAUGUAGUUUAACAUAUUUUUAUCUGACAAUGUUAAACGUAACAUGUUUGAGAGAUUCAUCAAAGAUGUUUAGGCUUGUAAAUUAGGAACAAUUUUGAAAUUACAGUGUUUUAGAAGGAUUUUUUUUUUGUUUAUUUUAGCUGAAAAAUGUUUGAACAUUUUUGAUGAAAAUUCGCCAUGUUGUAUGCAAAUGUAUUUAUGUAUAAGAAGUGCAUUUAAAAUAUAUAAUAAUGCUUGAGUACGAGUGACGUUGUGUCAAAAUGUCGUAAUUACUUACUGUAUUUAAAUUUAUAAUUAAUAAUUAUUGAUUAUUAAUGUACGAUAGUUAUGAAUAAAAAUGAUUUUUAAGCCUUUA